CAUCUUUUAUCUUCAAAAGGACCCUUCAAUAUUUAAUAAAAACCUUCAUCAACAUAUCAUUUUAAAAGGUUAUUUUAUUAGUUUUAUUUGUAAGGUAUUUUAAUAAUAAUGAAGUAUUCAAACUUAAUUUUAUUUGGUCUGAUAUCAUCCGUGUUUGGUGAUGCAUUGGUAGAGUUGCCAAAUGGCAAAAUCCAAGGAAAAACCGAAUAUACGAGGACAGGCGUAGCAUUUAACUCAUUUUAUGGUAUUAAAUAUGGACAAAAUCCAACAGGAAAAUUGAGGUUGCAGCCUCCAAAAGAAGUUGAACCAUGGGAUGGUGUUUUUGACGCCACUGUAGAAAAGGGAAUGUGCUAUCAGGUCCCCAAGGAUUAUGAAAUGGAGACAGAGGAUUGUCUGUUAUUAAAUCUGUAUACACCAGUAACAGAACCAACACCAAAUGCUAGUCUACCAGUAAUGUUCUUUAUUCACGGUGGUGGAUUUGUCGAAGGAACAGGCAUUCUGGAAUGGGGUGUAGGACCCCAUUUUUUCAUGGAAAACGAAGUCAUAAUGAUUGCCAUUAAUUAUCGGCUGGGUCCGUUUGGUUAUAUGUCCACUGGUGAUGAUGUAAUCCCCGGUAAUUUAGGACAAAAAGAUCAAAUCCUAGCAUUACAGUGGGUCCAAAAAAACAUUAAAUAUUUCGGCGGUGAUCCAGAAAAAGUAACCAUUUUUGGACAAAGUGCCGGAGCUGCAUCAGUGUCAUACCAAUUACUUAGUCCUUUGUCUCAAGGCUUAUUUAGAGCAGCGAUCCAGGAAAGCGGCUCAGCGGUAAGUCCGUGGGCAUUUCAACGAGACCAAGUUGAGAUUACUUAUAAAACUGCUGCUUUAUUGAACCCAGAGUUUGAAACCAAUAGAAACUCUACAGAGCUCUUAAGUUUCUUGCAAAGUGUUUCGGCAAAGGAGCUUGAUGAAGCCUCUUACAAUCUUACAAAGAAAUUGGAAUAUCCUGGUGACAUGCAAAUUUCUAAGGGAUUUUUCUAUACUCCAGUUAUAGAACAUGAACAUGAAAAUCCAUUUUUAACAAAGCAUCAAUACGAAAGCUUUGAAAAUGGAUCAUUUAACCGAGUCCCUCUUCUGAUCGGCUUUAAUGCUGAAGAAAGCUUAUUUAUGAUGACUCGCACAUUCCAUAGAACCCUUAAGGCUUAUGAUGGCAAUACAAGUUACUUGGUUCCUUUUGAUAUGCACAUCUCUAAUCAGGAUACGCUUUUGGAAGUUGGAAACAGUAUCAAGAAAUUUUAUUCACCAGAAUCAAAUUUGGAAGAUAAUAAAUUAGGAGGAGUCCAGUAUCAUUCAACACAAGACUUUGACAAAUCUGUAAUAAAGCAGGCUGAACUCCAAGCGCCCUUCGUGCCUGUUUAUUUAUACGAAUUUACUUAUAGCGGGAAAAUGGGCAAUAACCCAAAACAUUUAAAUGGCUCAGGAGCAGUGGGUCAUGGCGAAGAACAAAACUACAUAUUCAACAGAUGGCUCAGUGUUGAUCUUCCUGAUAACAGUGACUUCACAAAAUUCUCAGAAGAUGAUGUGAAUGUCCAUUACUACUUCGUUAAAUUGUUUACUAAUUUUGCCAAAACUCUAAAUCCAACACCGCAAGAAGACUCCGUUUUACAGAACGUCACUUGGCCCACGCUACAGCCAGGAAACUGGCAAUACUUGGAAAUUGCAAGGGACUUAAUCUUACAUGAUGCCAUUCCAAAAAAGGCAAUGUAUAACUUUUGGAAAGAUUUGUAUAGUAAUUAUGCUUUGAGACCAUAUGAUACUUAUUAGAAAACUAAUAUUUAUGAAAAUAUAUGAUUGCUUAAAUCUUU